AUGGAGCCGGUGCAUUACCCAGCGGUUGCGACAGCAGCGGAGGAGCUGUCCCCAAUGGCCACUGGAAGCGUUGACGGGCAGAUCUGUGCGGCGGAUGGGGCAGUUGCGGCGGAGGGGGAUGAUGAACCGCAGGCAUCUGAGAAAUCUAUUGGCCAGGUUGAUCCAAAAACACCUGGCUGGACUCGCAGGGUUAGAAUUGGAGCUGCUGCUCCUGGCAGGGCGCCUUGCCCUGGGCGAACCAGUGCCCUUGAGAAGGCAAUUCGGGGGUUUGGUGACAAGCCGGGGAGCAUUGUAAUUGUACCAGCACUGGGCACAAGCUUUGAUGCACUCGGGGAGGCCUAUGAUUUCUACAAUCUCUGCUCGUGGGAGAAGGGAUUUGGUAUAAGAUAUGGGAAGAGUAGGCUGAAUGUGGAGAGAACAAAAUGCAUGCAGGAAAUUGUUUGCGGAUGUGCGGGUAAACCGGGUGUGGAAAACACAAGAUCAUGCCGAUGUGAAUGCCCGACAUUAAUAAGACUGCUUCGCACAAAGGACAAUGGUUGGUACAUAGUUGAGCAUCGUGAAUAG